AUGCCCGGCAACCUGACCCCCCCCUCCCUCCCCUCCCCCUACUGCUACCACCCUCCCCCCAGUCCCCCCGUGCAGCGCGCCAACGCCCCCUUCCCACAGGUACCACCCAAGUACCUCCGUACCGACCAGGGCCCAAGGGAGGAUCGGUCGGAGGAGCGGACGAGGUUCUGGAGUGGGUGCAACGGCCGCGAGCUGGGGGCAGCGACGAGUUACAACAGCACCAGUCGUGGUCUCUGCCUUCUUCAGGAAUCUCGUGAGACCUUCCUGGUCUCGGUGGGAGGGUACUUCAUUACAGGACAUCAGAAACGACUAAAAUAGUCUGAUAAGGAAACAUGUUUUCCGCAGAUGGUGUUGCCAACUUGUCAUGUCAUGUCAUGGUCAGAACAAGACCAUUAUGCUGCAUGAUGCUGAUCACGACCAGCUUGCUCAGGCACGCCCGGCGCCCAAGACGAAUCAGCCACCGCCGAAAGCCUUCUGUGCAGGCUUCUAGAGACCUUCCACACUAGGCCUCAGAGAUGCUAGUGGCGGAGGCUCCCUUAUCAGCACACUUGCUGUCGGCCAUGCCCGAAUAAUCCCCCGAGCAGUUCAUAUCAACAGGCGGGCAGCAAUAUCUCGGAUGGCGAAACAUGAUCGCCAAGGGUAAGGGUUCGUGGGUUCUGAGCCGAGAAACGGAGUUCAUCAGAGCCGCCUUCACGCCCUGUCGUCCAGGGGUCAAUAACGGAGACCAGACCAGGGCGAAACUGACGCCAGAAGCCACAAUGCACGACAUCGUCUCGAUGACGAGAUUCGCUUGUGAUUUCUUGAUGGAGCUGUUGGCAGUCUGAGCUCGAGGUAUUUUUUCGCCCGUCGAGGACACGGUCUCAUGGACUCUUCGCGCAGUUUUCCCCUUCGCAGUUGGUACUUUUGCCACAUACAAGUUCUCACUCAUCAUGGAAGACGACAUAUACACAUGCAUCUUACAGGCCCAAGAUGAGCAACACUGGAUCUUUCCAGACCAGGACAACACUUCCGUCGACACCACAAUAGAGAAUAAGCAAUGUCGGCAAGUCAGAGGCCACGGCACGGCUUGACAGCGCUUCCGUUCUCGCCAAGGAAAGGGGUUCGGGAGGGACUGUCAGGGGAUCAGCUUUUAAACGACCACACUUGAGAUGGACUUCAUACAAACUCGUUUGUGGUGUAUCGAGCAAGUGGUUCAUGCGCUAGCUUGGGGACUAGCGAUAUCACCAGAGCCAGGUCAUUGCGCUCCGUUGAAGCGGUCCAGACCAGCGCCACAGCAAGGGCCUGAAGUAAACCUCAAACCCCUCAUCAUCACAGCGCACACGGCGAUAUUUGGUGGGGGUCACGUUCGAGUGGUCGCCGACUUCCACUGCAUGCAAGAGCCACCAGAAAACAAGUCGCUGGCUGACAACAAGACACUCCAACCUGCGGAUGCAGCCGGACGAAAACGGCGUCCUUCUCAACGUUCGCUCGAGGCUUGCGAGGCUCUUGUUCGGACACUAAAAGAUGGUAGCGUCUUGUCCACCGCCAGACCAAGCAACGACAAGUCACGCGCUGGCAAAGCAGCCAAGCGGUAGCAAGAGACGGCGAUACAGCCACCUGCAUUUGGCUGCCAGCGCUAGAAGCCAGAAAGAAACAUGCAUCGAAGCUUCUAUCUCAUCACAACUUGCGCCCCACAAUUCCCUUUUCCCCCCAUCCUUCCUCGUUGCGAAAAUGCCAUUGCGUUUGUGGACGAAACAGCGGCUUCUGAACCUGCAAUUUGGGCAGAAACGUCUUGGCUAUCGGCGCGCUGGACGGCUACACACUUUAGUACCUUACGCUAUACUUGCCUGUUUCUCGUUGCUCGUCUUCACAUGCUGAUCACCAGAUUCCGUUCUCUGGUCCUGUUCGUGAUUGUCGAUCCCAAGCACCAGCAAGGCGGAAGCGAUUAAUAGUAUCGUGGCAUCUCCCGCCGGGCUGGCAGAUCGACACUGCGAGGUGUUUCUCAGCUGAGGUGCAAGCAGCGGGUGAUAGGCUGAAGCCUUGUGUGAGAGGUGUCGCGAAACUUGAUCAACCUCAAGAGAGGGUUCACCAAUCACCAUUCACCAAAUGCAGGCUCUUUGUGAGAUGUCGAGGGCAGACGGGAUUGACCGCCAUAAUUGGAGUUCCCCUCACUUGUCUGGCCUUGCGAGCUACACCGCUUCAGGGCAAUGACCGAGGCCCUUGCUGCACGACUGAUUGGUCUGUCGGGUUGGGAGCAACUGGGCGGCGGCGGCGGGUUUUGAGUGCAGUGAGAGGGUGAGAGACGGGAGUCGGGGAUCCGGAUCUCAGAGUUGUGGUGAACCAAGAGAUGUGGCUGAGAAAACGGCCCUUUUCUUCCCACGGUCGGCUUGCGGCCCUGGCGGCUUGGCCCUGGCGGACCGGCACUCUUGGGGCAGCACACGUCUUUACGUAGCCUCGGCAGUCUGGCGUCACUCAGCUGCGGUUGUUUGCUGACAAGCACAAAGCUGAAGACAGUCAAAGCCUCCGAGGCGCCGCUUUGUCGCCUUACUUUUGAUAUUAUAAUACUCUGAUAUAGGCAGAAUGUUUGACGUUGUUCGGAGAUUUGUGCUGGGCAGGAAAACUGAGGGAAACAAUCCCGACGAGACGGACCUACUCGGCGUCACGCUUUCCAUAAAUUUGUCAGCCUGUCUGUCAGCUCGGGGACCCUUUCCACAUAUUAAUUGGCAAGGUUCGUUGAAGUCAUCGAAGAGAAAGGUCCUACCCUGCCUGGGGGAAUCCUUCCUGAGAUAUGCCAACAUCUGGUUCAGCAGCUGUCAGUUUGACGCAGGGCAUCGCGAUCUCUCUCUCUCUUAUUCAUCAGCAGCAAAUUAUCUUUAAGCUUUUUGUUUCUUUUCUCUUGCAGCACACACUGCGACCGUUUGAAAAGCACACCCACUGUUCUGCGCUGCGGAUGGAACGUUGCAAUCUUUUGCACUAUUCCCUGAUGGGUUAAGCGUCGAUUGCUUGGUUAAGCGGAGCUGGGACUAGGGCUGGUUUUCUUUUCCCCCGCGGCUUGGCCUUGUUUUGUCUAAACCCUUUCCGUCACCGAGACACACGAUUUUGGUUUCUCUCUCCACCAGAGAGAAAAAGGUAUCGGGAUGUACCUCGGGCAUGUCACUCUGUUUCCUUUGGUUGUUGGCUAGUGAGUGGUGUUGGUCAGUUUUUACGAAAGCGAGACGCCGUUGGGAAAACUAAAUUGGCGCCGGGCUGCGAUGAUGGAAUGACGAGAUGGGGAACGCUGAUUUGGCUAUCUGAUGAAAGUGCCAUCUUUUUUCGUUGUCCAUGACUCGGACUUGAGGAAAGCCCAAUCUGUUCCUAACGUCAGAGGAGGGCAACGGGAAAGCCACAACGGGAGCUCCCCACUGCAUAGUUCACGCGCGUUGUCGCCACAGGCACCACCUAGAGAGAACCAAGCGUUCAUCCCGUCCCUGCGUUGUGUGCGCUGCUGUUGGUGUCAUAUCCAUACAUAGAACAGAGCUGGGACGACUCUGUACACUCCUAUAAUUCGUCCAAGCCCCUGGGGUUAUCGCCGAUGAUCGUUUGCCACGAUGAGGAAUAUCUCCGUUUUUUUUCUUCUGGUUGGGUGGUGUGUGUAAUAGGUACCUACCCUCCGAAUGUGCGAGUCUUCUCCUAUCAUUGCCCUCCCCGCCCCCCUCCUCAUCAUUCUUGAGAAGAGGUGAGGGGAGAGUAGCAUCUCGAAGGGAAAAAAAGCGGAUAUACGCGGGGCAAAAAAGUUCGGAGAGGGCAGUGAUGUUCAAAAGUACCCGGGGGGGCGGAACGACUUGCGCGUUUGUCUCUGAUGAGGAGGGUUGGGGAUUAUGGGGCGGCGACUAGGGACAAUGGGGCCCAGUGAGAAUGUCUCUCCUUACUUUGCUUGGCCUUCUGUUACCUAGUUGUUCGGAUCGAACCUAAUCAGAUUUGGGGUACAUGUCUAGAGACACAUUGAGGUUGGAGACUUGACCGAAUCGAGGGGUAGGGUAGAUGCGGUCGGAGACGGACGGAGGAAUGGUUGGAGAGAGGUUUGUAGGGGUUGUGAGGGGGGGCAUCACGAGAUGUAAGUUGUGAUGGGGACGUAGGACCCUGGUGUUGACGAGUGCUUGGACGUUGAGGUCAUCAUCAUUAGUCAAAAGUUCUUCAGGGGACAGCAGGUCAGUACUAUCCUUCUGCCCUCGGAUGUCUACCGCCUUCCGGUGACCGCGCGGUCGGAACUUUGUUCUCUGGCUACCAACGGACGGGAUGGGUACUGGCGAGCCCAUUCCCUUCUGCUUGGGGCCGCCGGUAGCUAAGUAAGGUCGGUAUGCAGUCAGGUUUUCUUUUUUCUGAAAAUAGCAUCACUAGCCUUACAGAGGUUGGGACAUCGUGUGCGUGUCCUACACGAGCCGUUAUGACGCCGGCACGAGGCGGUAUUUCGUGUUUGUUUGAUGGAUGGUAAUGAGGCAGGCGCGGUGAGGCAGGGUCAGUUAAUAUCAGCCCGUGUGAUUCUCUUUUUGCUUGUUCUGUCGGGGGGGGGUUUUUUUUUUUUAUCCUAUCACUCUUCUUCUUCUUCUGCUUCUACGCAAUGUUCUACUGCCUUCCUUUCUUGAUCUCGACACACAAUUGGGCCCAACCACCAGGAUAGAGAGUGGGGGGAGGGGGGCAUAUGUUGAGAUGGGGUGGUGUUGGGAACGUGACUACCUUGCCAGUCUGCCGUGACAGAAUCCGACAGGACGAAUGCACAAGAGGGAAAAAUAAAUGAAGAGAGAAGAACCAAGAGGUGGAAUGGGUGAGCGGGAAGUGGAGGAGAGGAGGCACUGCCCAGCGGUUUAUAUUACUCGUGCAUGAGGAGUCUUGGAGGGAUGACACUCUGCCUUGGGAGGCCUGGGUGACCUUGCCUUUCUCACUGCGCGCACGGCGGCUGUCAUGGGCUUGGGCUUGGGGGGUGAUGCUGUCGAUUACUUUCCUUGAAGAGGAUGGUCAACCUUGGGUUUGGCACUAUACAGGACAUGGCCAUGUGUUGGUCUGCUGAGUUCCGAGCACUUCCGAUCGAAGGGAUGCGAAGGGAUCAUAAUCACAGCAACAAGUGUGCUGUGAUUGUACAAUGGUGGUGGGAAACUCAUUUAUUCCAGCUUAUGUCUGCUAUUCCUUCCCAGGUUUUUUCUUCUGCUUUGUUGGGCAAUAUAUCUCUUUCCUGCGUCGCUGUGUUGCUUUCCGACUGGACAAGACAUGUCACGGACGGGACUUGUCACACGUGGGACUUUUAUAUUAAAGAGCAAAAGGAACUGCUGGUUUGGGAUAGCUUUCUCAUGUCUUGGUUGCUGUCUUUACCUGGUUUCCUUCUUGAUGUUGGCAAGGGUCUGUUCCCAAAGAGAAAGGUGGCAUUGUGUUUGAUGCUUCUUUUCUGUUGUUCUGUUGCUUUUCGGGGAGGAAGAGUGUUGCUUCUAUCACGCACCGCGCAUGCAGCGGAAGCAUAGAGGAGGGUUCUAAUAAUAUGUUCAUGUAUCGGCUCGGUAUUGCUUGUGGAUCAAGGACCCUUGAUGGCAUCAUGACGAAGAGAUCAUGCUGCGAUUGGCGAGUGCCCAAAAGAAAUGCCCAGGAGAACAAUCCGGGUACUUGGGACUGUGGAUUAUCACAAGGAAACCGUUUUGAUGACGUUUCUGACGCAUGUAUGGAGCUUGAUACAUUAAUCUUGAUGGCUCAGCGUGAUAGGCGGUCACGAGCGUUUUUGUAGAUAACGUAGAUUAAAGAAGACUUGUUGAGUAAGAUGCUAGGAGUAAGAUGAGAUAAGCCCAUUUCGUGGGUUGGUUUGCUCAUCGGGGCGGUUGUGCUCCAACCAUUAGUCUGGAAGAAUAGGGGC